UUCUAUCGCUAUUUUUUAUUUCUUUUUAGCUUUUAAGGCAAGUAUAUGUUAUAUAAAUUUCGUUCCACUUGAACUUCGACUAGUUUUAAUAAGUGUCUCUGUGAUCUUACAACUGAAAGAUGAUAUUAGUCACAGAAUUAUUAUUUUUGGCUUUGGCCAGUGGAGCUUUAGGUGCAGCAGUAGAAAAUUGCCACAUGGACAGGCUAACCAAAUGUGGCGAUCCUCUGGCAGCGUUUAGGAAGGAAAUGGGACAAAGUUUUCCCACAACUGAGGAACAAGUAAAGAAAUUAUGCGAUAACUUAAAGGAAGCUCAUGAUUGCGCAGAGAACUUUCAAAAUAAAUGUAUGACUCCUCUUCAACUGGAGACAUUAGGUUUCUUGGCUGAAGGAUCGUUCCGUGUAUUUGAAGAAUUCUGCCAAGAAGGAUCAGAAAUGAGAAAAGAAUACCUGAAACACGCUAAGUGUCUGGAUGAGGCAACUAAAACUGAUGAAGCUAAAGCACACUACAAAUACGUUGAAGCUUCAUUAGAAGAUCUCGCUGAAAAAGCACCCAAUAAAAGAUUGCCAACUGCUUGUUGUGGAUACCAGUGGUUGGCUGACAAAACUGACAAAAUGGGUGCAGAAAGAUGCGGAGAGGACGCAAUUGAAUCAUUCCACAAGGUUGUCGAUAUGGCCGUCUCAUCUCUCCCCAGUGUUCUGUGCUCCGGGUUCCAGCCUGAUUCCAAGGAGUGUAAGGAAGUUUUGCCUCCACUUGGUACAGAACCAAAAGGAACUCUGAAGAAUUCUCAUAUUGCACAAGCUUUUGCUUCGAUCUACCUCAAGGAUUAAAGGAUUGUGGUUGUCUGAUGUUGUGUUUUGGAAAUAAAACUGUUAUUGUUUUCA